UGAUUCAAUUUAACAAAUCCCUUUUAAAUAUAUACCACUAAUUACUUUAUGGAAGUCUUCUUGGGAAGUGCUGAGCCCAUUCACCUCUGUAAAAUUACUCACUGUUUGCAAGGUGGUAACUUUUAUUUACGUAGAUGAUGACUCAGUCUGGGAAGUUGAGUAACACUGAGUGAGGGAGAAAUCUUGGCUUGCAGUGAAGAGGUUUAGUCAAAAGCAAGGAGGAUACCAAAAGCAAAUCUAACUGUGUACAUAUAGUCCUCAGCUAUUCAAACUACACCUACUACAACUACUACACAAGAAGGAUGCUUCUUGUACUGCGUGCACCUCCCCUAUGCAGUAUUUGACUACUUAAUCCCAUUUUGACAUUUGAAUGGAGGGACAGUACUAUGUAGACUAACAAAAUCAUUGUUUUUACAAGAAUUCUCUAAGACCAAUAUCUAAAUUCUAUCCAAGGAAACAAAACAAAAUGUGUAGAUAAAGAUCAAGUGUUAAUGUUGAAGGAGAAGUAUGAAAUAGUAUGUAUUAACAAGUACAUUUGGUAACAAUCAGAGAAUUGCAAAAUCCUGACCACCUGCACAGGGAAAAGAACAGUAUUACAGACCUGACAAACAAAGCUUUGCUUAUUCCAGCUGAAGCGCACAGCGUUUCAUUUUGCUGUUGUGGGAGGCCAUGUGUCUGUGGUGGAUUUUCUUCUCCGUCACAAGGCAAGACUUGACAUGGCAGAUCAGCAUGGCCUGACAGUGAUUCAUCUUGCAGCUUGGACUGGAAAUCUGGAUAUAAUGCGAAAAUUAGUUAAAGCAGGUGCUGAUCAAAAGGCUAAGAAUGAGGAAGGAAUGAAUGUACUGCAUUUUGCAGCUCAGAGCAACAGCAUUAAAAUAGUUGAUUAUUUCCUCCAAGAUCUUCAUCUGAAUGACUUGAACAAACCUGAUGGGAAAGGUAAAAAGCCAUUUCUUCUGGCCUGUGAAAAAGGCCACAUUGACAUGAUAAAAAAUUUGAUUGCUCUGAAGCUAUUUACAUCUGAAAAAGAUCAGGAGGGAAACACAGCAUUGCAUUUAGCAGCCAAAAAUGGUCACAGUGAAGUUGUAGAAAUUCUGCUUGAACAAUGGGAGGAAAUAAAUGACCUCAAUCAGAAUGGAGAAACUCCAUUUUACUUGGCUGUUGAAGGAGGUCAUGAAAAAUAUGCUGAACUCUUACUGGAGGCAUGGAGUGACAUCAAUGUUUCAACUCAGAAUAAUAGUAGUGCUUUGCAGAUUGCAAUUCAAAAUGGACAUCUAUCCUUGAUUACUUUUCUUAUUGAUAAGAAUAUUGACCUGGUUCCUAAACCUGAGCAGAAGAAUUCCCCUCUCCAUUUAGCAGUUAUCAGUAAUAACCUACCAGUAGUAAAAAGACUUCUGGAUGCCAAUCAUGACAUAAACUCCUUAAAUCACAGGCAGGAAACCCCUCUACAUCUGGCAGCUGAUCUUGGCAAUGUGGAAUUGGUGGAAGUACUGCUGAAGUCAGGCUGCAAUCUCAAGACCAUAGAUAAGCAUGGAAAAACUGCACUAGCCACAGCAUCAAGGAGCCAUCAUGCCCUCAUUGUAGAUAUGAUCAUUAAAGCAGACAGGUAUUUUGCCAUGCAACAGACACAUCUAGCUCAUAGUGGUAAUGGGUCAGACUUCAGUGUGUCCUUCAAACAAGAUCACAGUACACAGACCAAGCAAAUCCGUUCCUGCCUUUGGAAUUUAGCAUACAACUGGUUAAAACCCCGUGAAUGGAAAAAACUGGCUGCGUUCUGGAAGUUCACAGAUGAACAAAUUAAAGCUAUUGAAGAACAGUGGACAGGGAAAAAAAGUUACAAGGAACAUGGAAACAGAAUGUUGCUCAUCUGGUUACAUGGUACCUUGCUGUCUCAUCAGAAUCCUGUUAAACAUCUGUAGGAAGAUCUGGUGGAAGCAGGAUUUCAGCCUUUAGCUGAGAAGAUCAGAGCUUCAAUCAGCAUUGGCAUGGACUCCAGGAAAGGUGUCAUUUCAUGAGCAUCAACAAAACAUGGCAUAUAUGAUGGAAUUACAAGCCAGAUGGAAAGUGGCUUUCAAAUAUCUUUUUGGGAAACAGAAAAUCUAUUUUGAAGUUGUACAGCUUUUUCCACCCUAGAAGAAUUUGCAUUCCUGAAAUGGUUACUUUUUUUCUCAGAUGCUUGCUAUACAGAAAUGUAAAAAAAUUAAGAGCAAAUGGUUGACUGGUAGUUUGUAACUGCUAAGCAAGACUCACCAGUUACAAUUUCUAACCUAACACUGAUAAAGUAAUUCUGCAUUGGAACUGCAAGUUAAGCUACUUGGUGUUUGGUGUGAACUGUAAAUAAGAUGUUUUCUGUAAGAAAAGAUUAAAUUUAAUACGUGAAAGUUAUGUGUACAAAUAAAUUAACACUUGCAGAAAUAAGCUGGCAUCUGCCUCAUUUAGGAUUCAAGUUUUUAUAAAUUCUUGCUAGGAUUAUAACAAAUAUUUCUACUGCAGCAUUUGAUUUACGUAGUGAAGAAAUACAAAAAUGUCAUAUGUAAACACCACGUGUGUCUAGCUGCAGAAUUUUCUAUCACAGCAUGACCCCAAAAGAGCAUCCAAUAUUUAAUACUUAACACAUCUAGCAAUUAUUUGCCUAUUUCUUGUUCAUGUCUUGAAUUAAUACUUGGCAGUGUCCUGCUGAAUAUGUUCAAAUGUUUUCUUAUUACUGGCUAUAUUUAAUUCUGAAAAAUUAUGUAAAUAUCUAUCUUCUGUCUUUUCUUUAUAACACAGCAAUAGUUUUAUCAUAUAAUAGAGGAAUUGAAUUGUCUUUUCUGUUUGCAUAUAGCUAGAAUUAUUUUGUGCUGAAUCCUAGUGUUUGUACUGAAAAGGUGAUCUGUAUCUAGUCUGAAGUGUUAUUCCAAACUGCCCUCUUGUGUGCAACCUUCUUUGACUUGGCUGCAGAGCACCCCAGGAA